AUGUCAGACCCACCACCACCGCCGCCGCCUCGAACCGGCAUGUCCGGCCUGUACGCCAAUCUCCUGGACCCAUCAAACAACAAAACAACCUCAGCCUCUAUCUCCCGUGCACCAAUAGUCUUCAAACAGUCCGCCGCCGCCUCCUCCCCGACCCCUGUAACCUCCACUCCAGCAGAAGAUCCUGCACCGAAAAAGCUCAAUGCCGCUGCCCUACGUUUUCAACCGACACUCAAACGACCGACUGGUGCAACUGUGAAGGGGAAGGGGAAGAAUGUACGGAAGCCGGGUGUUAGCGCGACUGCGGCGGCAGCGGUGGGGGUGACGACUGGUACGGCGGAUACAAGUGCAGAUACAGCAGAAGGGGGAGGGGGUCCCGGGUUAGGAGGAGUAGCUAGACCAACCGUCAAAACUACUAUAGAAGACUGGACUGGUGAUGCAGACGACGAUGUCAACGGCUUCUACGCCAACAAUCGAGAUCAGCACCGCGGAGUGCGCAAGAAGCGGAAGAAGAAUCGUGAUACACCACCUCCACCUACUAACUGGGACGAUGUGUACGAUCCCAGCCGGCCGAAUAGCUACGACGAGUACAAGGAUGGUGACGAGAAGAUCCGGGAGCUGGAGGACUGGAGGGAUAGGGUGCUACCUAGGAGGCGGAGAGAUAGUUAUGAUAGUGAGGAGAACGAGCGGGAAAGGGAUAGGGAUAGACAGGGUUUGGGGAAUAGGUUUGCGCCUCCGACAAAGUACUCGUUUGCUCCACCGCCGCAGCUGUCGGGUGGGGACGGGGGUGCAGGUGUUCUUCCACCCCCUCCACCGCCUGCUGCUGCCACUGGACCUCCAGUAGCAGUCCCUGAUGAUGCCUCCGGGGAAGACGCAUAUGCCCGCCGUCUCCGCAUGAGCCAGCUGGGCUCCGCGGGUUACUCCUCCACUACUUCCACCACAUCCGAACCGCCACCACCGCCACCACCUCCCCCCCCACCGUCAGCAGACCCCACCCCCCAACCAACAAUCUCCCGCGCUCCAGUCCUCUACACAACCCCGCAACCCCCCACGGACACCCCCACAGACACCCCGACCGACGAACCCACGGACCAAUCUCCCCCAUCCCCGCCAUCGAACCCCCUCCUCCCUGGCCAGAAGGACUUCGCCGCACGUCUGAUGUCAAAAUUAGGCUGGCGCGCUGGCACAGGCCUCGGCGCCUCGAGCACAGGCAUAACCCAACCCCUCCGUGCUGUGCACACAAAGUCCAAAGACCACCCCACCCGCGGCAAAAUCAUAGACAAGAAUAAACCCAAUCCCGCUGCCACCGCCGGCAAAUUCGGCCCUGCGAGCGUCGUAGUGGUACUGAGGCACAUGGUCGACGGCCUAGAGGGCGAGGAUGAAGCCGUGCUCAUGCAGGAGAUUGGCGAUGAGUGCGAGAACUCGUAUGGCGGCGUCGAGCGCGUUCUUGUCGUUUGGGGGAAGGAUGAUGGGGAAGGAGAUAACGCGGGUGAGAAGGCGGCGAGCAGAGUAUUCGUGAAGUUUUCGGGGGAGUUGGCGGCUCUUAGAGCAGUCAACGCCCUUGAAGGAAGAUUAUUCAAUGGGAAUACCAUCGAAGCCAGAUUCUUUGAUAAGGAUAAGUUUGAGGAUCGCGAAUUUGAUUGAUCUACGUACUGCAUUCGCCAGCACAGGUGCGAGUGAGUCGUUGUGACGGUGUACAGUACUCCCACAUAAUGUUAAUCUGGCAUUUCUUC